CUGCCCAAAGGGGUGGAACCCAAAGUGGAGUUUGACUCGGAUGAGGUGGAGUGGAGGGUGGAAGCGGGUGAGCGGCUGCCGCAGUACCCGACCCCGCUGUCCCUGGAGCAGAUGGAAGAGGGGCUGCACAGCGGGCAGGCCAUGGACUUGGCCUGCAAUAACUAUCACAUGAAACAGUUCCUCGAGGCCCUCCUGCGCAACAGCUCGGCUCAGAGAAAGGAGGACGUGGUCCAUCUUGUCCGGGGCUUUGAGGGUAGGCCAGAGGAUGCAGGGGUGGCAGUGAGCUCCAUGAUGGACAUUCACAGCGACUGGUAUGGUGAGGACACAGGUGACGUGUUAGUGGUGCCCAUCAAGCUUCACAAGUGCCCGUUCUGCCCCUACACAGCAAAGCAGAAGGGGAUCCUCAAGAGGCACAUCCGCUCGCACACGGGGGAGCGGCCCUACCCCUGUGAGACCUGUGGGAAGCGCUUCACACGCCAGGAGCACCUCCGCAGCCAUGCUUUAAGUGUGCAUCGAUCAAACAAGCCAAUCAUCUGCAAAGGCUGCAGGAGAACCUUCACGAGCAGCCUGUCCCAAGGCUUGCGGCGCUUCGGCUUGUGCGACAGCUGUACCUGUGUGACCACCACCCACGAGGACUCGAUGCCCAUCAACCUCAGCCUGAUGGAGCAGUCAUCAGAAGGCCAAGAGAAGGGUGAUGCUGAUAACGACUGGCCUAUAUAUGUGGAGUCUGGAGAGGAAAACGAUCCAGCCGAUGAUGAGGAUGCUGAUGGUGAUGACAAGCAGGAGAUCCACAGGAGCUUGUCAGACCGAGAAACACUUAUGUAGCAGUGAGAGGAGAGUGGGGGUGUUUGAAGUGUCUCUGUGACAGUGGUCGGUCUGUGACACAAAACUGAGUAUUUGCCCAGUUAGUGAGACUGUGCUGUUUUUUAUGAUUCCAUUUUUUAAUAGAAAAGUGGGGAGAAUUGGAAUUUUUAAUACUUUUCAGUGCUGUGCACCAGAAAUCUGUGAAGAAUCUGCUGUCUGGGGUUCAUAGAGGUUGUACUUGAGCAAUCUCCAGUGGUGUCUCUGCCUCCUAGUCUUGAUUUUAUGGGUGGAACAUCUCUGUGGUGUUUGGAUAACAGGUCUCUUCAAAUAAUGCUGUCACGGUCCUUAAUCCCUGAUCUGAAAGGGGCCCCAUCUUCUCUCUGAAGAUCACAUUAAAAGAAGUGUGUUUUUCACCCAUCAUCUUGGACCUUUUCUAAGCUAAGUUGUGAUCCUUUUGUAGUAGGAUGGUAUUCUCUAUAUUGUAAAGGUUAAGGGUUUAUUUAGAGUGGAUUUGACCUGGAAACCAGGGCAGACACCCAGGAGAACAAAACCAUGCU